UUAAUUCAGAUUCCUUCUUGUACGUUUCAAACUGCUAAAGAGGUAUGUAUUACAUAUGAAGAUGUCCAUAAUGAAUACUCUGCUCCCACUACGUCAGUAUCUGAUGUCAUGCUGUCCAAAGUCGAAAAUACAAGUGUUCAUGGAAAGAAAUCCAAACUGCCGUCCACAGGUAAUAGAAUGCAGCCAGAGAUCAAAAACAUUAAACCGUGUUUAUCCUGUGGAAAGUUACAUCUACGAAGCACUUGCCGUUUUCGGAGUGCUAAGUGCUAUAAAUGUGGUAAAGUUGGACACAUCAAGACGGUUUGCAGAAGUUCGAGUACUUAUGUUGCUCAACAUUCUUAUAAUUCUCCCAAGCUGUCUAGUAAAAUGGAGUCUAUGUGUCUUUCAACUUUUCAAAAUACUCAAGCUAAUCCAACGAAAACCUCCACUGCAAGUUCAGCAACGCAAGUAUCAACUGUAUUCAAAAAUGAGGUAGCCAAGUUGCAAUGUGAACUGUCGAAAGCACGAAAAGACCUGAAUGAGAUGAGAGAGCAACUGAAUAAAAUUGAGGAAUUACUGCAUAUGCAUAGACUACGUCUGGUGAAUCCAGAGCAUACAAGUUCUUGUGAAAGUCCUGCAAAACUAUUCAAAUCUCGAAUUCUCAAAAAGCAUCUGAUGUCCACUACUUCUAAUGUACAUUAUUACAAAGAUAAUAACUACAGACCUUCUGUUGGAAUUAUACUACAAAAAAUGGGAAAUCGAGUGGUGAAGAUAUUAGACAUCAAAGAUCACUCAGUUCAUAACGGACACCUGGACAAAGUGACAAUAAAUGAAGUAGAUAAUUCAGAAAUAAGUCCAGAUAGUACUGAUGAAAAUAAUAUCACAGAAUCAGUUAGCUCGAAGCUACUUGCAAGCAAACCGAGACAUCGUUAUAAAUACGCGAGGAGAUAUUCGAGGUGUGGCGGAUGUGGUGAUUGACAAUUUCUAUCUCUGUAUUGUUUAAAUACUUACUGUUGACUGUUGAUAUGUUUCUUAUAUGAAUUGCAUUCUAAUUCCGCUAAAUACAAAUUACUGAUUGCUGCCCUCUCUGGGUUUUGAUUAGAUUCCUAUAAUUCCGUC